AUGGUCCUCCAAUCGCGUGCCAUCCAGGCAUGCGUCGCUGCUGUUUCUGUCCUCAGCCCGGCAGUGGACGCCUUCCCCACGCUCGACAACUUUGCCAAGCUUGUCCCACGGUAUACAGCUGGGCUUGAUGAUCCUUCCGCCCAGGUUGCAAAGAUCCAGGAGGAGCUAGUCAAGCUGAAAGAGAAGAGGCUCCUGUUUGAUCCGCUGACAGAGCCCAUCGACGUCACUGGAGCACAUGCCUUUGUUCCACCAAACUUUGAUGCCGGGGAUCAGCGUGGGCCCUGUCCCGGCCUGAAUGCCCUGGCCAACCACAACUACAUACCUCAUGAUGGUGUUGUCGGAUUGGUUCACCUGAUUGAUGCUCUGAACACAAUCUACGGCAUGGGCAUCGAGCUCUCCACAGUCCUAGCCGUAAUGGGCACCGUCGGCGUGGGCAACCCCAUCUCCCUGACACCAGGCUUCUCCAUCGGCGGCGCGCCCCCGGACACCAGCCUCUUCUCGUCCAGCAUCCUGGGCAACCUGCUCGGCCUCCUCGGCAAGCCCCGGGGCCUGCAGGGCAGCCACAACUGGAUCGAGGGCGACUCGUCCAACACGCGGGACGACCUGUACGUCACGGGCGACGCGUGGACCAUGAACAUGACGCUCUUCCGCAUGGCAUACGACGGCGCCGAGGGCGACGUCAUCACGAUGGAGGACCUGGGCAACCGCGCCGCCGAGCGCUUCCGCGAGAGCAUCGCCAUCAACCCGCACUUCUACUACGGGCCGUACACGGGCCUCGUGGCCAGGAACGCCGGGUUCGCCUUUGCCGGGCGGAUCCUCAGCAACCACUCCGCCGAGUUCCCGGGCGGGCAGCUGACCAAGGACGUCUUCAAGUCCUUCUUCGCCGUGACCGACGACAAGGACGGCGAGAUGGUCUACAACCCGGGGCACGAGCGCAUCCCCGAGAACUGGUUCCGCACCCCCGUGGACUACGGGCUGGUCUCGCUGAACCUGGACAUCGUGGCCUGGGCCCUGCAGCACCCGGAGCUGGGCAGCGUGGGCGGCAACACGGGCGCGGUCGACACCUUCACCGGCGUGGACCUGCACGACGUCACGGGCGGGCUGCUCAACGCCGCCACGCUGCUCGAGGGCAACAACCUCCUCUGCUUCGCGCUCGAGGUCGUCAAGACGUUCGCGCCCAACGCGCUCGCGCCGCUGUUCCAGGCGCUCGAGGUCCCGCUGCAGAUGGUCAACGACGCCCUCGUCGGCCCGCUGCUUGAUACCGGGUGCCCGGCCUUCAAGGACCUUACCAUGGAGGGGGAUGACUUGUUCACUGGGCUGUCUAAGAAGUACCCUGGUGCGAACAAGUCUGGCGCUGCGUUGUAG